AUGGUACGGUGGCACUCAAUGCGGAGUCUAAAUUUAUCUGUUGCCUCCAGUGCUCAAGGCAGUCAAUGUACAACACGCAAAGUUGAUCUAAUGAAGGGACUUACAACAAUACGUGUUGCUGUUUUUGGCCCUAAAGCUAGCGGAAAGACCUCACUUAUGCAACACUUGCACAAUACUAUAUUUCGUAGAUGCCUCGACGGAAAGAAUUUCCAAUUCACUUUCGUCGAAGGGGAUUCAAACAAACCCGAAACCUUGAGUCCCGAAUUCGACUUUGCGGUCUUCACGAUUAGUCUCGAGGAUGGUUCCACUGUGGAAUCUACUUGGGGUGAAACUAGGGAUCUCUUCAAGCAAUGGCUUCCUCAGGAUCUGGAUAGAGUAUGCGUUGUUGGGACGAAGAGCGACCUUGCAUCUCAUGACUUCAGCUUGGAGGACGUAGCGAUUCGGCGCCUCUCCACGUCCGUUCCAUUUUAUGGCGACGUGACUUACGUCAUGAUCAGCAUUGAAAAUGGAAGUGGUACUGAAGAGUUGCUUCUCCAUAUUGCAAAUCAACUCUAUCCAACCUCCACGAAGCGAAAUUUGCUAGCCGUUCUGUUUAGGAAUUCUACUGGAGCUGCUUUGGAUAUCAUCGCCUCUAUAUUCUCGCUUUCGUUCCGUCCUGGGACCAAUGGCGAGACGUCUGAUACCUACGAGCUUCUCGACGACGAGACGGUCACUGCACUGUGUUAUAGUCCCAUAGCGGUGUCUUACGAUGCCUAUCACGCAGAACACAAUCCAAGGGGAGGCUGUCCCGCUAAGAAGAUUACUCCGACGCUAAUAGCCAAGCGUGCGCAACUCACGGAGAGGACCAACACCACGUUUGCCCGUGCCCAAUUCAAGGGAAUACCCAUACCCGAGCCUCGUUACCCGCACCUGAAGAAGUGGUUUGUCACUGAGUUCGCUGAAGGGCGAAUGCUUCUGGACUGUUGGGGCUCAUUAAGCGUCUUCAAGAAAUUUCGGGUGGCUUGCACCCUCCGAAUGUAUCUCCGCCAGAUCCACCGACUCACCCGUUCGACGCCAGGUUCCAUAGUGGAGGGGAGACCGAUUUAUGGGAACGUGUACGACGACGGCCAGCGCAUGCUAUAUCGUCCGCUCGAGUCAUCGAAGAAAUUCCAUCAGUGGAUACACGAUCUGCUGAGGGAAGGCUGGCUGCAGUUCUGCUUAACUCUGGCAGAUAGUAUGAGGGAGGAUGGGGAGUACGAUCCGACAAUACUGCCGCCCGAGCCGCCAUCUCCGGGUGACGGUGAUGACACACUGGUUUUCAUCCAUGGCGAUCUUAGUCCAUCUAAUAUCAUCCUCUCCGAUGAUGGAACUCUCUGGCUGAUCGAUUGGGCUGACGCAGGCUACUACCCGAGGUGGAUGGAAGCAGUAGCGGCAUGGCGGUAUGAAAGCCAUUCGAGGUCCUGGAGGUAUCUACUUCGGUUUGUGGUUGGUCCGAGACCUGCCUUUCAAGACGGGUGGCAUCGUCUGCAAGAUGCGAUUGGCAGGCAUGCUUUCGCCUUCGCCUCAGUGGACGGAUAA